AUCAAUCAUCAACGUUUAGAUACAUUCUUCAUCAAUCAAGCAUAUUUUCCUUGUUCUUCUUGUUUCGACAAGCACAAAAAAUGGGUUUCCAUUUACCUGCUAUUCGACGGUCAUCAUUCGGUGCUAAUCAACCAACUUCAAAAUCAGUAAAAGUUCCAAAGGGAUAUCUUGCGGUGUACGUUGGAGAGGAAAAUAAGAGGUUUUUGAUACCUGUAUCAUACUUGAGCCAUCCUUCAUUCCAAGACUUACUAAGUCAACUUGAAGAAGAGUUUGGACAUGAUCAUCCCAUGGGUGGCCUCACAAUUCCUUGCAGCGAAGAUGCCUUCCAAUGUAUAAUUUCUUGCUUGAAUAGACAAUAAAUCUCACACUUUAGGAGACUGACUUAGAUUAAUAGAGACCUUUUGUAUUAUACCCAUCUUCUCUUACUUGUAACAAUUGUUACCAAAUAUUCUAGUAAUGUGACAAUGAAUUCAAUUGCUUAA